AGCCUCCGCCGUCGUUUAUCUUUGUCAGCGCAGGUCUCUGAACACCGCGCGGUCUCUGAACUGAAAUCAACUGAACAGAAUAGAAGAAGAUAAAUUUGCAGAACGUGAAAAUAAGUUUUGUUUAAUCUUAAAGAAAAUUCUAUUCGUAAGCAGCUACCAGAUAUUUUAAAGUCACUUCCUUUUAUAUAGAAAUAUUUGCAAGAGAAAAUGUCUGAGGAUAUUAUUAUGCAGUCCACCAAUAAUGCCAACGAAUCGGUAAAUAAUGUAAUAAAGAAAUCGGCCACCGAUGGCGAAGGAAAGGUAGCAACGGCUGAGGAAAUGACUUCUCGUGAUUACUACUUUGAUUCCUAUGCUCAUUUUGGUAUACACGAGGAGAUGUUGAAAGAUGAAGUACGAACCAUCACAUACCGCAAUGCCAUGUAUCACAAUAAGCACCUUUUCAGGGGAAAGGUGGUAUUGGAUGUGGGCUGCGGUACUGGUAUUCUGUCGAUGUUUGCAGCCAAGGCCGGUGCGUCCACUGUUAUUGCAGUGGAUUGUUCAAAUAUUGUCGAAUAUGCCCGCCAAGUGGUCAUUGACAACAAUUUGAAUGAUGUUAUUAAAGUGGUUAAGGGUAAAAUUGAGGAUAUAGAGUUGCCAAAUGGUAUUGAGAAAGUGGACAUUAUCAUCUCGGAGUGGAUGGGAUACUGUCUGUUUUAUGAAUCCAUGUUGGAUACAGUAUUGUUCGCUCGUGACAAGUGGCUAAAAUCUGAUGGUAUGAUGUUUCCAGAUCGCGGCACCCUUUAUAUCACUGCUAUUGAAGAUCGCCAGUAUAAAGAUGAGAAAAUCAAUUGGUGGGAUGAUGUUUAUGGCUUCGAUAUGAGUUGUAUUCGCAAGGUUGCUGUAACCGAGCCGUUGGUCGAUGUAGUCGAUCCAAAACAGGUGGUGUCCACGUCGUAUCUCAUUAAGGAAGUCGAUUUGUAUACGGUUAAAAAGUCUGACUUGGAAUUUGUAUCACCGUUUAGUUUGAUUAUUAAACGCAACGAUUUUGUGCAGGCUUUAGUUACAUACUUCAAUAUCGAAUUUACAAAGUGCCAUAAACGUCUCGGCUUCAGCACUUCGCCUGAGGCCACAUACACACAUUGGAAACAGACUGUCUUUUAUUUGGAUGAAUACUUGACAGUCAAGAAAGGCGAAGAAAUAAAGGGCACAUUUAAAAUGAAGCCCAACGAGCGCAACAACCGUGAUCUUGAUUUUAAUAUAGAGGUGCACUUUAAGGGGGAACACUCGGAAGUGCACGAAAACAACAUAUACAGAAUGCGUUGAUAUUAGUGAUGAUGAUUGUAAGCUUGAUUAUAUUAAGACUAAAGUUUUAUAGAUAUAAGUUGUUUUAUUUGCUACUAAAAUUCCCUUAAAUAUAUUCAUUUCUGCUAUUGUAAAGCAACUCCAAACAGCAGAGAAAUACUUCCUAACUUAACAAUUCCAUGGCCGCUCCGAUUGCAAGCAAAUAAUAUUAAUAUGUAAUAAAUAAUGUGGGAAGUAUUUCUAUAUUUUUUGUAGUGUAA